UACACCCAAGACACAAAAUCAUACUUUUCAUGAGUCGCGUAUUUCCGUAUGGACCAAUCUGACCUUGCCCAAAGCCAAAAGAGUUCCUCUCGCUGGAGGGGUGGAAAAGAAGAGGAGCAGCGCCUCCGGCGAACGCCAUGGUGGAGACUCCGGAGCUCCGCCGCCGCAGCCGUCGCCAAGCGCCCGUCCCCAUCCUCCUCAUCCGUUCCUCCCCCCAAAAUACCCAAGUCGGAUGCUUCGGCGUCGCCUUGUUCGGCGCCGGCACUGGCAUUGGUCUUGGCCGCACAACCCCACCACCCUCCCGCCUCUCGCCCAUCCUCUCCGCACUCGAGGACUCCCCUGCCGACAUCGUCGAGCACUUCGACAGUCAAAUCCCCGGUGGCUCGGUGCAGAUGCCAAACUACUCCAUGGACUCGUCAAGCCGGAGGCGCCGGAUCCUGGACCAGUCCAGCUCCGUGCGUAGGUCCUUCGAAGUCUCCGGCCCAAAGCCAGUGCCAGUGGCCGCGCCGGCCACCAUUACCAAUGGCAAGGACUCCCCCCCCCCCCCCCAAUCGGGAGCUUGGAGUUCUACCACUUCCACUACGCCGAAGACCUGCUCGACCAUCAUCGGUUCAGCACCAAUUCUCUUGUCGAAGAUUUCUCCGCGAAGAAGCCGCGUCGGUGGAGGAAGGCCUGGAUCCUCUGGGGCCUCAUCCACCGUAGGAACGGCCUCAUCUAGCUGCCAAUCCAAACUAGGAGCAAAAUACUCAGGGCUAACAAAAUGGCUCGGACCAGGGUCAAAUUGGUCCAUACGGAAAUGCAUGGCAAGUGAAAGGUAUGGUUCUGUGUUCUGGGUGUAUAAAAUGGUACGGGUGUGGAAGAAGCAAGUGCUAUAUCAAGAGGAAGAGUACUUCUUGCUUGCUCAUGUUCUUGUUUAUCUUUGUGAUUAA